AUGGACAACGGCAGCAAAAAUGAGGCCAAAUGGAAUUUGAUGCAAGCCCCCGCUGCAAAUGCAACAAAAUCCUGCAUUCUGCUUUCCGUGCACAUGCAGCAACAGAGCUUAGAAGUGCAUGCAGCACAUGCCCUGACAAACAUGUGCGGGCUGAUGUUCCAUUCCCAUGCAGAGCUUCCCGACCACGGCCGUCCCAGCUGCGUUCUGUAUCUGCUUCAGACGGCUGUCGGUUCGAUGGCUUGCGAGGAACCUGCGCUGUCGAAGCGAUGCACUGUGUGCCAGGGCGAGGAAGUCGAAGGGGUGGCUGUGAAACGCCGCUGCGAUAAAAGCCGGCAGUCUUUCCAUGCGCUUGAACAUGUCCUAGGAGCAUGCACUCACCUCGGCCAAGUGUACGCAGACAGAGACGUGUGGAAACCCGAACCGUGCCAGAUCUGUGUGUGUGACUCAGGAGCUGUCCUUUGUGAUGACAUCAUCUGUGACGAACAGGAACUAGAUUGCCCCAACCCAGAGAUCCCAUUUGGAGAAUGUUGUCCAAUGUGUCCACAGUCAACACCAGAACCUCCCGUCACCGGCCCUGCGAUUCCAAACGGACCCCAAGGCCCCAGAGGAGAUCCUGGUCCACCUGGUACUCCUGGAAGGAAUGGCACACCUGGUCAACCAGGAGCUCCAGGACGUCCUGGCACCCCUGGGGAUCCCGGAGUCUGUCCAAGUUGCCCCAAUAUCGGUAAUGGACCAAACUAUGCGUCUCAGUAUGACACCUAUGACACCAAAUCUGGACAACAAUAUCCCUUCCCAAGAUUAGGAGCCCCUGGCCCUCCUGGGGCCCCCGGUCCCGCAGGUCAGCCCGGAGCACCUGGAUCGCAUGGAUACCAAGGCCCACCAGGAGAACCCGGGCAAGCAGGCAGUCCGGGCCCCGCCGGUCCCCCAGGAUUACUUGGUCCACCUGGCCCAGCUGGAAAAGAUGGAGAAUCUGGAAGGCCUGGAAGACCCGGUGAACGUGGAUUGCCUGGACCUCCUGGCCACAAAGGUCCCUCUGGUAUGCCUGGAGUCCCCGGAAUGAAAGGCCACAGAGGAUUUGAUGGAAGAGAUGGUGCCAAAGGUGAUGCUGGCGCUGCUGGUCUAAGGGGUGAGAAUGGACUUCCCGGAGAAAACGGAUCUCCUGGACCAAUGGGCCCAAGAGGUCAACCAGGUGAAAGAGGAAGACCAGGAGGACCAGGACCUGCUGGUGGUCGUGGCAAUGAUGGUUCUCCAGGAGGGGCUGGCCCAAUUGGUCCACCUGGCCCACCUGGACCUACAGGAUUUCCAGGGUCUCCAGGUUUUAAGGGUGAAGUUGGCCCUGGGGGUCCCCCUGGAUCUUCUGGCUCACCAGGACCAAGAGGAGAACCUGGGCCUCAAGGCCAGGCCGGUGCUGCUGGUCCUCCAGGUCCUGGAGGACGCGACGGAAGCCCUGGUGCCAAAGGUCUCCCCGGUCCUUCUGGUAUUCCUGGAUCUCCAGGAUUGCUUGGAGCUCGUGGCCCCCCCGGGCCCGCUGGUACUAACGGAAUCCCCGGACAAAGAGGCCCAUCUGGCGAACCUGGUAAGAAUGGCGGCAAAGGAGAUCCAGGGGCAAGAGGCGAGCGGGGUGAAAAUGGUACACCCGGUACAGCUGGCCCCCCAGGGGAAGAAGGCAAGGCGGGAGCCCCUGGUCAACCUGGUACGAACGGAUUGCCUGGAAAUCCAGGAGAGAGGGGUGCUCCAGGUUUCAGUGGACCUGCAGGUAGAAAUGGGGCGCCAGGUGAAAAGGGUCCUGCUGGUGAACGAGGUGGCCCCGGCAGCUCAGGACCAAGAGGAGGUCCUGGUGAACCUGGGCGUGAUGGAUCUCCAGGGCUUCCUGGGAUGAGAGGCUUAACCGGAAGUCCAGGAAGCCCAGGAUCAGACGGAAAGCCAGGCCCUGCUGGUAAUCCAGGAGAAUCUGGUCGAAGUGGUCCUCCCGGCCCAGCAGGCCCACGUGGUCAACCAGGUGUGAUGGGCUUUCCCGGUCCAAAGGGUAGUGAGGGUUCACCGGGCAAAAACGGAGAAAGAGGUCCACCUGGAAAUGCUGGUGGACAGGGACCCCCUGGAAAGGAUGGUGAAGGGGGAGCUCAAGGUCCUCCAGGACCUGCUGGUCCGGCUGGUGAAAGAGGGGAACCCGGAUCAACAGGCCCACCUGGUUUCCAGGGACUGCCUGGUAGUUCAGGACCAGCUGGAGAGAAUGGAAAACCUGGAGAAGCGGGUCCAAGAGGAGAAAACGGAGCCCCGGGACUCCCAGGGGGCAAGGGUGAAAAUGGCGUCCCAGGCGAACGUGGCGCACAAGGACCCCAGGGGCCUCCAGGAGGUCGAGGUGGAGCAGGGCCCCCAGGACCAGAAGGCACAAAGGGUCCUGGUGGUCCUCCAGGACCUCCCGGGGGAACAGGACCACCUGGAUUGCAAGGAAUGCCUGGCGAGAGAGGAGGAUCCGGAAGUCCUGGACCUAAGGGAGAAAAGGGAGAACCUGGUUCCAGAGGUGGUGACGGCUUGCCUGGUAAAGAUGGCGGAAGGGGUCCUGUUGGUUCCAUUGGUCCCCCUGGUCCAGCUGGCCAGCCUGGUGAUAAGGGAGAAUCUGGUUCAGCAGGGCCACCUGGCCCAACCGGUCCCCGUGGUGGUCCCGGAGACAGAGGAGAGCAUGGCCCCCCUGGUCCUGCUGGCUUCCCCGGUGCUCCUGGACAAAAUGGAGAGCCUGGUGGUAAAGGAGAAAAAGGCCCUUCUGGUGAACGAGGCGAGCCAGGGCCCCCCGGGGCUGCAGGUCCACUUGGAGGUCCCGGGGCACCAGGUCCCUCUGGUCCACAAGGAACCAAAGGAGAGCGUGGCGCUCCAGGUCUUGCAGGUCAGGCAGGCUUUCCUGGUACUCGUGGCUUACCUGGUCCUCCGGGCAACAACGGCAACCCCGGGCCACCUGGCCUUGCAGGUCCUUCAGGCAAAGACGGCCCCCCUGGUCCUGCUGGGUCCACUGGCCCUGCUGGAGGCCCAGGAGGUGCUGGUCCAAAAGGGGAGCCUGGCUCGCCCGGUGAAAGAGGCCCAGCAGGUGGACGAGGAGAACCGGGUACACCAGGUCCUUCAGGAAUUAUAGGCAUACCUGGACAACGUGGUAUUGCAGGAUUGCCAGGCAUGAGAGGAGCCCCAGGGCCUGUUGGUCUACCUGGUGUCAAGGGUGAAGAUGGAAAAUCAGGAUCCAACGGCAGCCCAGGAGAACGAGGGCCUCCCGGUGCUCAAGGUCCUCCUGGACUUAGUGGAACACCCGGAGAAUCAGGCAGAGAUGGAAACCCUGGACAAGAUGGCGUGCCGGGUCGUGAUGGAUCCUCUGGACCAAAGGGUGAUCGUGGUGAAAAUGGCUCCCCUGGUGCACCGGGGCUUCCUGGCCAUGUUGGUCCCCCAGGGAAUGCUGGCGCACCUGGAAAAUCAGGUGAUAGAGGAAAUCAAGGUCCUGCUGGUCCCGCUGGCCCCUCUGGCCCUGCUGGUAUCCGUGGUGCUCCUGGCCCCGCCGGCACACGAGGUGAUAAAGGAGAACCUGGAGAACGUGGCCUCAAUGGAAUCAAGGGUCAUCGAGGAAUCCCUGGUAUCCCAGGACCUCCUGGUUCAAUUGGUGCAGUGGGUCCCCAAGGUCCAAAUGGAAGCCCAGGACCUGCCGGAGCAAGAGGGCCCCCUGGACCUCAUGGCCCUUCUGGAAAGGAUGGUACAAGCGGCUACCCUGGCCCCAUUGGUCCUCCCGGUCCCCGUGGAACCCGAGGCGAAGCUGGAACAGCGGGUCCCCCUGGUCAUUCUGGAGCACCUGGUCCCCCUGGUCCCCCUGGAGCUCCUGGUCCAUGUUGUGGUGGUGGUGAUGGUGUUGGUGCUUUAGGACAAUGGGAGAAAGGACAGAACUACUAUGGAGACCAGCCACCUGAUGACAAAGUUACCAUGAAUGACGUUAUAUCCUCAUUGAAGUCAAUCAACAAUCAGAUUGAAAACAUCAUCAGCCCCGACGGCUCACGGAAGAAUCCAGCCCGUAACUGCAGGGACCUGAAGUUCUGCCAUCCUGAACUGAGCAGUGGAGAGUACUGGAUCGAUCCUAACCAAGGUUGUAAAUUGGAUGCCAUUAAAGUGUUCUGCAAUAUGGAAACUGGUGAGACAUGCAUCAAUGCCAAUCCCAGAAGUAUUCCACAGAAAAACUGGUGGACAAGCCCAGGACCGGAAAAGAAGCACAUUUGGUUUGGAGAGUCCAUGAAUGGUGGCUUCCAGUUCAGCUAUGGUGACCCCGAUCUUCCAGAAGAAGUGGCAGAUGUCCAGCUGGCCUUCCUUAGAAUUCUCUCUAGCCGAGCAUCACAGAACAUCACCUAUCACUGCAAGAACAGCAUUGCUUACAUGGACGAGGCCAGCAUGAACGUGAAACGGGCACUGAAGUUCAUGAGUUCCACUGACAGCGAAAUCAAGGCAGAAGGAAACAACAAAUUCACAUACAGUGUUCUGGAAGAUGGUUGCACUAAACACACCGGCGAAUGGGGCAGAACAGUCUUUGAGUACCGAACACGCAAGACGAUGAGAUUGCCUGUGGUAGAUAUUGCACCCUUCGAUAUCGGCGCCCCCAAUCAGGAAUUUGGCGUGGACAUUGGCCCAGUCUGCUUCUUAUAAACCAAGAAUAAUGCUCCUUGUGAACCCCAGCGAACCAAUUCACACUCCAUCUUUGCUCUUCUCGUUUUAACCCUGUCAACAAGUAGAAUCAAAUCAACUGUGUCCCAGUUAUUUAUUUACCAAAAUUCUGGAGGGG